UCCCCUCACUGUAUCAGGGUCACUCAGUAUCACAAGUGCACCAUGUGCAUUCCAGGCAUCCACAUUAACUUGUCCCUAUGUUUCUCCAGCUGGGGAGUUAGAAUUGUUUGGGAGUGGAUCCUGAUUCCAGCCAUGGGCUUGUCGACCUCGACUGCGGCUGUCCCGGUGGAGACAAAGCAUGAAAGUACAAGGAGAGGUUGUCCAAUGCAUGCAGGAUCAUCUGACCAAAACUGUGAGAAGAAAACAGACUCUGUGCCAGCUCACCAAGACCGUGCGUAUGAGUACGUGGAAUGCCCCGUUACAGGUGCUAAGUUCAAGAGAAAGGAAAACCUAGAUCCUUCCAACAUGAUGCCGCCACCUAACCAAACACCAGCCCCAGAUCAACCAUUUGCGUUAUCUACUGCCCGAGAGGAGUCGUCCAUUCCGAGGGCAAAUUCGGAGAGAAAGUGGGUUUAUCCUUCUGAACAGAUGUUCUGGAAUGCAAUGUUAAGGAAAGGGUGGAAGUGGAAGGAAGAGGAUAUCACUCAGCAAGACAUGUCUAAUAUUAUUAAAAUUCACAAUCAGAAUAAUGAGCAGGCUUGGCAGGAGAUUCUGAAGUGGGAAGCCCUUCAUGCAAGAGAGUGUCCUUGUGGUCCCUCACUGAUCCGGUUUGGAGGGAAGGCCCGAGAGUAUUCGCCGAGGGCAAGAAUUCGUUCCUGGAUGGGGUAUGAGUUGCCUUUCGACAGGCAUGACUGGGUCAUCGACCGCUGUGGAAGGGAAGUAAGGUACGUGAUUGACUACUACGAUGGUGGCGAAGUCAACCAGGAUUACCAGUUUGCCAUCCUGGAUGUGCGACCUGCACUGGAUUCAUUCUCUGCAGUGUGGGACAGAAUGAAGGUUGCUUGGUGGCGUUGGACUUCGUAAGCACUACUUUUUUUCUCUGAGAUGGAAACAUAUAAAUGACUUUUUUUUUUUUAACGUGAGGGACAUGAAAAUGUUUUCCCCAAACCCAAUGGCAUUUACAGUGUCCCAGAGACUUCAAGCAGCUGGCGCACUCAUUCAUAUAUUUCAACAUUUUCAGUUUUUUCUUGAUUCCUGUUUUUCUGAUAUAGGAUUUCGCUGCUGACAGACAACUUUGCUCCUUGUUGUGGCAUUUGACAAAUUAUCCCAACUUUGAGUCCAUACCAGUAUUAUAUGGAACUAUAUGGUAAAGCAAGAAUAUUUUUCUUCUAUGUACAACAUUAACUCUUUGUCUCAGUUUACGUUUUUUUUUUUGUCUUAAGGAAACUCAAAGUUGGUUUAAUUCAAUUUAGCAUGUUACAUAAAAGUGACUUU